AUGGUUGGUCGAUUUAAGGGGCGUAGCAAUUACGGGGUGACGAUGAGGUUGGGGACUGAGCGAUUUCAAGGUGAAAUUUCAGAUCUGCUGCUGCGGGAGGAAUAUGAGUUGGAUCCGGGAUUGGUGGGUUGCUUAGUGCAGUUCAUGGGUUCAAUACGGGAAUUUCGUAUUUAUCAGAAGAAUGUGAAGGGCCCAAAGUGGCUUCCAUUUGUCAGUGAAAUGCCAAAAUUGAUAUGUUUUAUUCUUCCGCUAGAUCUUCCUCCCUUGCUUAUGUUUUCAGCUGCUAGUGCUUCUUUUGGA